AUGACUAUUUUAGUUUGUACAUUGAACUAUAACACAUAUCAAACUAUGCUUAAGAUAUCGCUUUGGUGUCUAAUUGGUGUCUUCUUCUAUGUCCAUUGUCUACAAAGAGAUACUUGGUAUUCCAGACUGCACAAAGAAGCGACCAACUCUUCUCUAGGAGUGCUUUAUGGAGAGGUUGCUAGUUUUGUUCAUUGUGCUGGACUCUGUGCCUGGGACGACUAUUGCAUGGAGUUAAUUUACAGCGAGAUUAGUAGACAGUGUAUUGGACUUCACUGUGUAAACAAGGAAAGCCAUUCGUAUCAGUACGUCGUCCCGUCAUUUCCUCAAAUGCUUUAUUUUGGAAAAGAGUUCAACUGGGUAGAAUAUUCUGGUCACUAUUACUUUUAUGGAGCAGAAAACGUUACAUGGACAGACGCCAAGCUGGAAUGCCAAAAGAUGUGUGCACAUUUUGCGGAGGUUGAAACUAAAGAGGAAUCUGAAUGGCUGGCGGCUACAUUUCUCAUGAGAGAUAGUUGUACUAGCCUUUCCCGAACCUGUACUGCUUGGAUAGGUGGUAAUGACAUUGACACUGAAGGUCAAUUCGUCUGGGACAAAUCAAACGCAACGAUCGGCUUUUCUAACUGGUCCCCAGGUAAUCCUAGCAUUGAUUUCCCCGACCAGGCUCCUACUCGUGACUGUGUUGACCUGUAUCGAGAUGGGAAAUGGAAUGACAGACGAUGUACUUAUUUAAACCCAUUUAUUUGUGAAAAAUCAUUGUAAUGCUACAGUUACCGUAAUUUCAUGCAUAUCUUUUUACAAUUUUACGCUAUUAUGGUAAGCAAUUAUAAUGAUAUGCCAUGAGAUUUUUAUAGAAUGCUAUGAGAUUUGCAUGUUUUGCUAUGAACAAUAAAUAAAGGCCUAAUGGUAUGGAAUGCUAUAGUAUGCUAUGCUAUGAGUUUUGUAAAAAAUACCCUUUCGCAUACAGAAGUGUUUCGAACUAAAAUAAUAAAAAAAUAAAGUCUACCACACUGCAAUGUUAUCUUUUUUCAAUUAGCUCAAUUAAAACCGAGUUUAAACUAUAUGCUGUAUGAAUACUAUAGCAUACCAUAAGGAAUGAGAAUUUGAUGAUAUUCUAUGAGAUACCAAUGCUAUGAAUUUUUAAUGGUAUGGUGUAAGAUGUAAAUGCGUCGCUAUGCUAAGGUGUAUGUUGUUAAAGAAAUGCCUGACUGACUCUAGAUUCUACGGUAUUUUUAUCCAAGAGUACUUGUCAUUGUUUGAUAUGUGUUGAUAACAUGCCUAUUGAUUGAUUGAA